AUGGGACGUUUGAUCGAUUUGGUGGGAACAAGGGGAUGCAUUGAGAUGGGUAUUAGAGCCACAGCUACAGUAGCGUCUGCGAUAGCACGACGCAAACGAACUCACCGGGUUGAUCUCUAUAACUUGUUUGAGGAGGCUUUGGAGAAUCAAAGACACAAAAUGUCAGAUAGAGCAGAUGUCCCCUUAUGGCAAUACAGUGAAGACAGUCAUCGGCAGGUUUUCAAUACAAAAAGAACCUGGAACCUCAUUCGGCAAGUCCACCCUGAGGUCCAAUGGCAUUCCGGGAUUUGGUUUCAACAUGCGAUCCCAAAAUAUGCUUUUUGCACUUGGUUAGCUACUCACAAUAGACUAACUACAGGUGAUCGUAUGGCUGCUUGGAACAGUGGCAUUAACCCUCUAUGCAUCUUCUGCAAUCAAGCGAUAGAAACUCGUGAUCACAUUUUCUUCAACUGUGCGUUCUCUGCGGAAGUGUGGUCCCUCUUAAUGAAAGGGCUUCUACGUUCUUCCUUCACUACGGAAUGGGGUGCACUACUCCAACUAACAAUGGACACAACACUGGAUAUGAAGUCCAGACUUUUGUUGCGGACUACUCUGCAAGCCUCGGUUCAUUCGGUAUGGAGGGAGAGAAAUGAUCGACGUCAUGGGGCCACGCCUAUGAAUCCCACCUUGUUAGUUAAGAUGAUUGACAGGCAAAUUCGUAACUGGUGUCUGACAGUAACAGCUACGGGCCACAACAAGUACGAAGCUUUGUUGCAAUGCUGGUUUGCUUCAAGGGAGUAA